UGAGCUGCAGAGCAGAGAAGACCAUCCUGGAAAUUUGAAGAUGAAGUGCUUUGUUCUGCCAACUCAUUUAGCAUUUCUCUGUAGCUUUGCACUAAGUAAACCUGUCCAGAUGCCUACAAGAAAGGAUGACUUAGGUGAAAUAGCUGUGUAUGAAGGAGACAUCCUAUUGAGAAGAGGGCGACGCAGUGCAAUUAACUGUGAGAGCUGUUUAUGGCCCAAAUCACAAGACGGACUGGUCAAAGUUCCAGUUAACAUCUCUUCUGAUUUCUCAAUGACAGAGAGGUCUUGGAUUGCUGAUGCUCUGCAAGAGAUCUCCACACUGACCUGUGUGCAAUUUGUAAAUCGCACUACAGAAACAGACUACGUUUAUGUUGAGCGAGGGCAGAGCUGCUGGUCUUACUUUGGAAAGAUUGGAGGACGUCAAGCAGUAGGUCUGGUGAAAAAUGGUUGCAUGGAUAAAGGAGCAAUUCAGCAUGAAAUGAACCACGCACUGGGUUUCAUCCAUGAACAGGCACGGAGUGAUCGGGACAGGUUUGUCAAGAUUAUGUGGGAACACAUAGUGGCAGGGGAACAAGGGAACUUUGGAAAAAUGAAUUCCAAAAACCUGGGCCUUCCCUAUGACUACUCUUCAGUGAUGCACUAUGGCGCGUAUGAUUUCUCCAGCACUCCAGGAAAACCAACUAUUGUACCAGUUCCUGAUCCCUCUAUACCUAUUGGGCAGAGAGAAGGGCUGAGUAACUUGGAUGUAGCUAAAAUCAACAAGCUGUACAAGUGCAAUUGCUGUAGCUCUGUGUUGCCUAAACCCAAAGGCUCGUUCUCCUCUGUCAAUUACCCAUUCCCAUACCCGAACAAUAGCAACUGUCUGUGGUUGAUCCGCAUCCGUCGAAGUAAGAUUUUCCUGCAGUUUGAGGCCUUAGAUCUCCAACACUCCUCAGACUGUUCUUCUGACUAUAUAAAAAUUUACAAUGGGAACAGCAAGAGCUCCCCUGUAUUGCUGGACAAGUACUGUGGGAAGGCUCCACUGCCCUCCUUAGUGGCAUCUGGAUCGACAAUGCUGGUAGAGUUUGUAAGUGAUGAGAGCAUUACAGCCACAGGAUUCAGAGCCUCCUACAACAGAGUGAAUUGUGGAGACACCUUCAGAGAUUCAAAAGGAGUCAUCACCUCUCCAAACUACCCCAAUAAAUACCCCAAAAACCGAGCAUGUUUCUGGGUCAUCACUUCUCCAGUAGGAUACAAGAUCUCUCUCAAAACAUUAUCCUUUGAGCUGGAAUAUAGUGACAGAUGCAUCUAUGACUACUUGCUCAUACAUGAUGGAAGCCGCCCUACAUCACCUGCAGUUGGCCCUUAUUGUGGGACAGAGAAGGUUGCAGACUUUACUUCCACUGGGAACUUUGUGCUGGUUGAAUUCCACAGUGAUUUAGUGUGGGAGUUGCCUGGAUUUGUGAUGAGUUAUACAUUUGCUAGGUAAGUACAAUACAGAUGGUGUUCGAAAAACACAGAACGAGAGUAAGAGUCCAGCUAGCCACAGGUAAAA